CGUAGAAGGCGCGCCGGAGUGCGUGAACUGCGCUACCGGGGGCGGAACGGCUCUCGGCGGAAGUGAUCGCUGCGUGAAUCGUGGGUGGGAUGACCGCGCUUCGGCUCUAUCUAAGGCUGCUGCGAUCAUCCUCCAAAUCCAUGGCUCAGAGCCCAGCCAAGGGCGGGCCCCCCUCCAGGGGUCUGCACGCGGGGCGCGGGCCCCGAAGGCUCUCCAUCGAAGGCAACAUUGCUGUGGGAAAAUCCACCUUUGUGAAGUUACUCACGAAAACUUACCCAGAGUGGGACGUAGCUACAGAACCUGUAGCAACGUGGCAGAAUGUCCAGGCUGCUGGCACCCAAAAAAUCAGUAAAGGGACUUGCCUUGGUUCUUUAUGGCUUCCCAAAGCCUGUCCAGCCAUCCUGGCUUUGAAGAUUAAUUUUGUCAUUCCUGCCCUUAGUGCUCCUGCUGAAGGCGUCCAAAGGGCCCAGACCCUUCUUUGGAAUCUAGGGGCCUGCACUAGCCCAAAUCUUGGAAACUUACUGGAUAUGAUGUACCAGAAUCCAACACGAUGGUCCUACACAUUCCAGACAUUUUCUUUUAUGAGCCGCCUGAAAGUACAGUUGGAGCCCUUCCCUGAGAAGCUCUUAGAGGCCGAGAAGGCGGUACGGAUCUUUGAGAGGUCUGUGUACAGUGACAGGUAUAUCUUUGCAAAGAAUCUUUUUGAAAAUGGUUCCCUCAGUGACGUGGAGUGGCAUAUCUAUCAGGACGGGCAUUCUUUUCUCCUGCAGGAGUUUGCCAGCCGGCUGAGAUUACAUGGCUUCGUCUACCUCCAGGCUGCUCCCCAGGUUUGUUUGAAGAGGCUACGCCGGAGGGCCAGGGAAGAGGAGAGAGGAAUUGAGCUGGCGUAUCUUGAGCAGCUUCAUGAUCAGCACGAAGCCUGGCUUGUCCGCAAGACAACCCCGCUCCACUCUGAGGCUCUGCUCAACGUUCCAGUGCUGGUGUUGGAUGUCAAUGAUGAUUUUUCUGAAGAAGUAACCAGACAAGAAGAGCUCAUGAAAAGGGUAAACAUCUUUGUAAAGAAUCUGUAAACGAUGGAGUUCCCUGGUGGCCUACCGGUUAAGGAUUCGGCAUUGUCACUGCCCUGGCACAGGUUUAAUCCCUGGCCCAGGAACUUCUGCAUGCCUUGGGUACAACCCCCCGCCCAAAAAAGAAUCUGUACCCAGUAUGAUGUGUUCUAGCUGUGAUCUGGGCUCUCUGACUUUGUGAAGCCAGAAAGAUACAAGUCACCCGCCUUUCCACCCCUACUCUAGCUCCUUUUACCCCUAGAGGGCUCUGACAUGCAGGGCUUAGCUUCCUAUUAUCCUUAGACCCUGCCUUUGUCUUCUUUUAUAUCUAAGGACUUCUUAAAUAAAGUCUUAAGUUUUUGUGGAUUUUGCUAA